AUGGGCAUCUCGAAUUCAGCCAUCAUUGUCAUCGUUCUGGUCGCCUGUCUCGCGAUAACUGCCUUGGGAGCAUCGCUCUUCAAGCAUUACAAGCCCGCCGAUGGAGAAAUCCCCUACAGUCCCGGCUAUGAACAGAAGCUGUACAUGGCAGACGUACGCGCACGAGGAUUCGAAAAUCUGAGACGGAUCUCUUGGGCAGCAAGGGACCUGGAGUCGCGGUAUCCUCCAGCGGGGCCUGGCUAUUAUCGUCCCCACACCUAUACCGAAGACUCGGACACGAAAGAGACAGGAAGCUCUUAA